CUGGGUGUAACAGGCGUAUUGGUCAGUGUACAGAUAAAAAAGGGAAGUAGAAGAAUUAAAAUAUCAAGGAAGUUGUUGAAAUGAGGAAGCUUCAGUGCUCCACCGACUCACUGUGUGUCAGUUAAUCUGCUGGGAAACAGCCAGGAUCCACUACUGCAGGCAGCGGUUAUGCUGAAGGACUGAAGGAGCUACACUAGAGGAGGAUCACACUGUGGCCCUCCUUCAACACUGUUACAGUUUCAGAUUUAAAUCCUCUCGUCCCUAAGGGAACCACCAUCCAGAAGCCCAAAUGGCUGACAGUGUGCAUGCACUGCCAUUCUUCUACGGCAACAUCACCAGGGAGGACGCGGAGGGCUACCUGAAGCAGGCAGGCUUGGGCAGCGGCUCGUACCUGCUCCGGCAGAGCCGCAACUACCUGGGAGGCUUUGCGCUCUCUGUCUUGCACUCAGCCCGCUGCUACCACUACACCAUUGAAAGUGAGGCGAAUGAAACAUAUGCCAUAGCCGGUGGUAAGAUCCACAGGAGCCCUGUGGAUGUGAUUGAUUACCACUCGCAGGAGAUGGAUGGCCUCGUGUGUCUGCUCAAGAAGCCCUGCAACCGGCCCAAGAACAUGCAGCCCAAGGUGGGGCCGUUUGAGGACCUGAAGGAUAAACUGAUCCGGGAGUAUGUGAAGCAGACCUGGAACCUGCAGGGGGCAGUUCUGGAGCAGGCCAUCAUCAGCCAGAGGCCUCAGCUGGAGAAGCUCAUUGCCACCACUGCACACGAGAGAAUGCCCUGGUUCCACGGAGCGAUUACGCGAGAAGACUCCGAGCCCAGACUUCAAAAUGGCUCCCGUACAAAUGGAAAAUUCCUGAUUCGACAGAGAGAUUUGAGUGGAUCCUAUGCUCUGUGUUUACUACAUGAAGGACAAGUCAUGCAUUAUCGCAUUGACAGGGACAGGACUGGAAAGCUCUCCAUCCCAGAUGGCAAGAAGUUUGACACGCUGUGGCAGCUGGUGGAGCACUACUCGUACAAACCAGACGGCCUCCUGCGAGUGCUGACAGAGGUCUGUCCACGAGCCGAUGGAGACACUGUGAUAGGACGGCCACUCCUCCCACGGGACCUUCCUGGACUAAGUUCUACCCUCCAAAAUGCAGCAGGUGGAAUUCUCUCCCGACUCAAAACUGUUCCCAUACCUGGCCGAAAAAAGAGCCGAGGAUCCCGACACAACACCACAGAUAAUCUCAAUCCUUAUGAAUCCAGGGUGCCCAACAAUCAAGACAUCAAAGAGGCCAUGCCGAUGGACACGGAGGUGUACGAGCGUCCGUACGCAGACCCAGAUGAGUUGAGGAGCUCCACGGUGGAUCGCAGCCAUCUUUUCUUGGAGGAUGGAGAACUGGGCUCUGGGAACUUUGGUACCGUCAUGAAGGGCAUCUACAAAAUGAGAAGGACAGAGAAGCCUGUUGCAGUUAAGAUUCUGAAGAACGAUGAUAACAACCCGUCGGUGCGAGAGGAAAUGCUGCGAGAAGCCGAUGUGAUGCAGCAGCUGGACAAUCCGUACAUCGUCCGGAUGAUCGGCAUCUGUGAGGCAGAGAACCUGAUGCUGGUCAUGGAGCUGGCUGACCUGGGGCCGCUCAACAAGUUCCUGCAGAAAAACAAGCAAACCUCCAUGAAGAACAUCACCGAGCUGGUCCACCAGGUGUCCAUGGGGAUGAAGUACCUGGAGGAGCAUAACUUUGUGCACAGGGACCUCGCCGCCAGGAACGUGCUGCUGGUCACGCAGCACUACGCCAAGAUCAGUGACUUCGGCCUCUCCAAGGCCGUCGCAGAGGAGAAGAACUACUACAAGGCCAAGGGUCAUGGGAAGUGGCCAGUGAAAUGGUACGCUCCCGAGUGCAUCAACUACUUCAAGUUCUCCUCCAAAAGUGACGUGUGGAGCUUCGGGGUGCUCCUGUGGGAGGCCUACUCCUAUGGCCUGAAACCAUACAAGGGAAUGAAAGGAAACGAUGUCAUGCAGAUGAUAGAAGGUGGCGAGCGUAUGGACGCCCCCGUGAACUGUCCACCAGAGAUGUAUGACCUCAUGAGGAAGUGCUGGACGUACAAGGCAGACGAAAGGCCCGGAUUCACCAUCGUGGAGCCGAGACUACGAGAGUAUUAUUAUGAUAUCGCACAGUGAUUCUUCACAUGGCCGUUAUGAGACUAUGCAAGAUGUUGGUUGAUGGAGGAAAAAAAAGGAGUUUGAUAAUGUACAAAUGAUUGAGUGUUUUUUUUGAGUGUUGAUUAAAAAAAUGAAAUAUUAGCUAGGGCGAUCUGAACUGCAUUUAAAAAAUAUAUUGUAUAAUGUUUUUGAUGGAUGUUUUUAGGGUCAGGUGUUGGGAACCGGUCGACCAGCAGGUGGCAGCAGAGUAAAAGGGAUGAAGCCCCAUGAACAAGUUUUGAGCCCAGAGUACUCAACAUGUUCUUUGUACUUUCAGAGCCAUGGCCUUAUUUCUCCUUCAUCUGAUAUACUGAGAUGAAUGGAACAUUUACUGUCGCAUAUCAUGUUUUGUUUAACCAACACCCCAACAAGUGUAUUUUACAUACAAGGUAUUCAAAUAGACCUGGGACACUUCCUUGGGGGCUAUACGAGUUGUCUAGCUUAAGGUCGGACCAUGUGUUUUAGAGAUUCAGCAUGAUGUGGUCAGUGACCUCUGCCAAUAAAAUGACAUGUUGAUUCCUUUGUCCAAUCCGCUGCCUCUGUAUUUAAAGAGGAACUACUGGAGCCCUCUAUUGACGGGUUCAUUAAGUCUCUUCCGUCUGCAGUGAUUCUCAUUCAUCCAGGUCGUCGUUGUCUAUAACUGUGUUGAAUCAGGAGCAACUGCAACUGGAUAUCAUGUUUGUUACCAUAUUACACGGAAUCCCGCAGAACUCUGACUAAUGUAAAAGCUGACAAAAUAAAUUGGAUCUAAAAUCCUGA